GAAUACUUUCGCAAGGCACUGUAUAUGCUUUUAAAUAUAAUUUCCAUUUUGAACAGGAAUACCCGGGAUAACCGGGAGGGGUUUGCAAUUUUCUCGGGAAGGAACAUGUGUAGACUAGCUAGGUUUCCAUCCAAUUGGCAUUAGAUUUUAAUGCAAAUGUUAAUGCAUGUAAAAUCUGCAUAAAUACAAUAUGCACAUUUUUCCACCAGAGAUAGGUUUCACGCAAUAUGACUUGUUGUGGAUAAAAGGUAGUGCUUGAUGACAUAGUGCACAUCAAAAUAACUUUUGUUGUUAAAUUCCCAAGUACCGAAUACAAAAAUACAAGUUAAAUGGGUUUUGAUCGCAUUUUCAACACUACUGAUUGCUUUCUCACAAAAAAAUAGUGUUUAUUUAGCGAGUGUGCCCACUCUGUUUUGGCACAUGCUCUUUAGCCAACAGCCCACAGACACAGUGCGGGUAUAGCCUACAUGAUGAGAUUAUGGACAAUAUUAUUUUUAUUUGUUAAACGGCAGCCAAGCAUCAAUGAUCAUGUCACCAGAAUAAGACUAGAUAUUUACUAGAAAGGAGCAUCAAGCUCAUCACCUUGCACUUUCACCACCCUGUGAAGUUCAUAAUUUAUUUAACCCGUAGCCUAAUAAACUGCAUGCUUUCCUGAUGAGUUGUAGUGGGAGGACCGUGAUUCCAAGUCUACUUCGAUUUGACUGUUAUUAUAUCAAUAUUUGUGCAUAAAAGCAUUUCCACUGACAUUUCUCGUAUAAUUCAUUUUACCAACACAAAAAGAUCCUACCUUUUUUCUAGAAUAUUUAGUUUUGUCUACAUUUAGGAAAAUGUUUCUGUUUCCAUCAGGCCUGUUAUGAAGUAGUUUUUUUUUAAUCCAACGUACUUUACUUGCAUAAAAAGGUUGGUUGGAAACCUGGUUAUUUUCUGGAAAAUAUUCAACCCUAAUGUGCAGGAAGUUAAAGUGGCAGGGCAGCAUUGGGAAGAGACGGACUGAGGGUUCAGAAUUCAUUAGGGGUCAUUACAACAUGACUAGUUGGAAAUACAUGUUUGUAGACAUGAUUAGAUGGAAAGACAUUUGUUUGUACAUUUCUGGUUAAAUAAAAUAACAUGCAGUAGUACAGUAUAUCAUGAAUUAUGGUGAGUCCACGGCACAUCGGAAACAGACACAAUUCCACAUAACCAUAAGAGUCUGAAUCAGGCUAAUUGUCUGAGUAAAGAUGAAAAUGAAGACAUAUUGACAUGUCCAUCACUUUUUCAGCCAACUUCUACAUCCUUCCCGGGCAGCUGGAUGCUCUGCUGUGUGGAAACAGCUCAGACUCAGGGCGGUGCCCUGAGGGCUACACGUGUAUGAAGGCCGGGAAAAACCCAAACUACGGCUACACCAGCUUUGAUAGCUUCGGCUGGGCCUUCCUCACUCUCUUCCGCCUCAUGACCCAAGACUUUUGGGAGAACCUCUACAUGUUGACUCUGCGAGCGGCAGGGAAAACCUACAUGAUCUUCUUUGUGUUGGUGAUUUUUGUUGGAUCCUUCUACCUGGUCAAUCUGAUCCUGGCUGUGGUGGCCAUGGCCUAUGAGGAGCAGAACCAGGCGACGAUAGAGGAAGCUGAGCAGAAAGAGGCCGAGUUCAAAGCCAUGCUGGAGCAGAUCAAGAACCAGCAGGAGGAUGCACAGGCUGCUGCCAUGGCGACCUCGGCGGGCACGGUUUCGGUGGGCGACGCGGUAGAGGGGGGAGACGCAACGGAGGGCGGUGGGCAAUUAUCACGCAGCUCCUCCGAGGCGUCCAAGCUCAGCUCCAAGAGCGCGAAGGAACGACGCAACCGCAAGAAGAAGUCACGUCAGAAAGAGGAGGAGAAGAAGGAGAAGGGAGAGAAGGGCGAGAAGGUCGACCACGAGAAGCAUGUUAAGUCAGAGUCGGACGACGGCAGCAAAAGGAGCAUCUUCCGUUUCCCGGGCAGCCGGCUUGGACGCAAAACGUCCAUCAUGAACCAGUCUCUCCUCUCCAUCCCUGGCUCUCCAUUCAUGUCGCGGCACAACAGCCGUAGCAGCAUCUUCAGCUUCAACAAGGGACGCCCUCCAAAGGACGUGGGCUCGGAGAACGAGUUUGCCGACGAUGAGCACAGCACGGUGGAGGAGAGCGAGGACCGCCGGGGCUCCCUGUUCAUCCCUUACCGCCGUAGCAGCUACAGCGGAUACAGCCAGGGCUCAUCGCGUCUCAUCAGCCCACUGGCGCCCCACACCGGAGGGAAGAGGAACAGCACGGUGGACUGCAACGGCGUGGUGUCGCUCAUCGCUCACCAGCCAGGCGGACGCCUUCUGCCUGAGACCACAGAGGUGGAGGGGAAGAAGAAACACUCAGGUUCCCUGAUGGUGUCUGUGGACCAGCUUGGCCGCAACAAGGACCGCGCCAACAGUGUGAUGAGCGUGGCCACACACACACACUCGCACACUCUACUGGAGGAGCUAGAGGAUUCUCAGAGGGCGUGCCCAUCAUGGUGGUAUAAGUUUGCCAACAUGUUCUGUGUGUGGGACUGCUUUCCUAUCUGGUUGAAGAUCAAGCAUGUGCUCAACCUGAUCGUUAUGGACCCCUUUGUGGAUCUGGCUGUCACCAUCUGUAUUGUCCUCAACACCCUCUUCAUGGCCAUGGAACACUACCCCAUGACCCCUCGCUUUGAGGAGACGCUGUCAGUGGGAAAUCUGGAUCAGACUGUUAACCUUUUUCUCUCUUUGCACUCACAGGUUUUCACUGGUAUCUUUGCUGGUGAGAUGUUUGCCAAGCUGGCUGCCAUGGAUCCAUACUACUACUUCCAGGAGGGCUGGAAUUGUUUUGACAGCUUCAUUGUGACCCUCAGUUUAGUCGAGCUGGUAUUGGCUGACAUUGAGGGUCUGUCUGUGCUCAGGUCAUUCCGAUUGCUGAGAGUGUUCAAGCUGGCCAAGUCGUGGCCCACACUCAACAUGCUGAUCAAAAUCAUUCACUCUUCUGUGGGAGCCCUGGGAAACCUGACCUUGGUGCUGGCCCUUAUCGUCUUCAUCUUCGCCGUGGUUGGCAUGCAACUGUUUGGAAAGAACUACAAGGACUGUGUUUGUAAGAUCGCUAUAAGCUGUAAGCUUCCUCGUUGGCACAUGAACGACUUCUUUCACUCAUUUCUCAUGGUGUUUCGGGUUCUGUGCGGGGAGUGGAUCGAGUCCAUGUGGGACUGCAUGGAGGUGGCCGGCCAGAACAUGUGCAUGAUCGUCUUCUUGAUGGUCAUGGUCAUAGGCAACUUGGUGGUGUUGAACCUGUUCCUUGCCUUGUUGCUGAGCUCGUUCAGCGCAGACAACCUGGCACCCUCGGACGAUGACGGAGAACAGAACAAUUUGCAAAUAGCUGUCGGUCGAAUAAAGACGGGGAUUGCCUGGGCCAAGGUCUUUGUAGCCGAGGUUAUGAAGAAGGAGGAAGAAGCAGAGGACGAACAGAAGCCUCUUGAUGAGUUUGACGAGAAGCUUAACUGCAUUGCGAACCAGAAGGGCAUAGACAUCAACCGUGAGUUGGACUACAUCAACGGCACUACCAGCGGCAUCGGCAGCAGCGUGGGCAAGUACAUGAUCGACGAGGACCACAUGUCCUUCAUCCACAAUCCCAACCUAACCGUGUGCGUUCCCAUUGCGGUCGGGGAGUCAGACUUCGAUAACCUCAACACUGAGGACUUCAGCAGCGAGUCAGACGCGGAGAACAGCAAAGACCUUGAUGACACCAGCUCUUCGGAGGGCAGCACCAUAGACAUCAAGCUUGACGUGGAGGAGGUGGUGGUGGUGGAGGUUGUGGAGGAGUUCCUGGACCCAGACGCCUGCUGGACAGAUGAAUGUGUUGCCAAGUAUACGUUUUUGUACUUGCCCAUCGACCAUGGCUGGGGGAAGCACUGGUGGUUCCUGAGGAAGACAAGCUACCUGAUCGUGGAGCACAACUGGUUUGAGACCGUCAUCAUCUUCAUGAUCCUGCUCAGUAGCGGGGCGUUGGCCUUUGAGGAUGUGUACAUAAAUAAGAGGAAGACCAUCAAGAUUAUCCUGGAGUACGCCGACAGCGUGUUCACCUAUAUCUUCAUCCUGGAGAUGGUGCUCAAAUGGGUGGCCUAUGGUUGGGUCAAGUACUUCACCAACGCCUGGUGUUGGCUGGACUUCUUCAUUGUGGAUGUGUCUAUAAUCACUCUUAUAGCUAAUGCGAUGGGCUACUCCGAUCUAGGGCCCGUUAAAUCACUACGGACAUUGAGGGCCUUGAGGCCCCUUAGGGCCCUGUCUCGCUUUGAAGGGAUGAGGGUGGUGGUGAAUGCCUUGGUGGGAGCCAUCCCCUCCAUCAUGAACGUGCUGCUGGUGUGCCUCAUCUUCUGGCUCAUCUUCAGUAUCAUGGGGGUCAACCUGUUUGCAGGGAAGUAUUACUACUGCUUCAACGAGACCUCAGAGGAAAACUUUAAACCUGACGUCGUCAACAACAAGACUGAGUGCUUUGCACUAAUCAACGCAAAUUACAGUGAGGUCAGGUGGAAGAAUGUCAAGAUUAACUUUGACAAUGUGGCUGCAGGAUACCUGGCACUUCUACAAGUGGCCACGUUUAAAGGCUGGAUGGACAUAAUGUAUGCGGCCAUUGAUUCUCGGAAGGUGGAGGACCAGCCGAUCUAUGAAGACAACAUCUACAUGUAUAUCUACUUUGUUGCCUUCAUCAUCUUUGGCUCUUUCUUUACCCUCAAUCUCUUCAUUGGUGUCAUCAUUGACAACUUUAACCAGCAAAAGAAAAAGUUUGGAGGUCAGGAUAUAUUCAUGACAGAAGAGCAGAAGAAAUACCACACUGCCAUGAAAAAACUUGGCUCAAAAAAACCACAAAAACCUAUUCCAAGACCAUUGAAUAACUUUCAGGGCCUGGUAUUUGACUUCGUAACGCAGCAGGUCUUUGAUAUAUCUAUUAUGAUGUUGAUCUGCCUCAACAUGGUGACCAUGAUGGUGGAGACGGACGAUCAGUCAGAAGAUACUGACACUAUUCUCUACUGGGUCAACUUCGUCUUCAUCGUUGCCUUUACUACCGAGUUUGUGUUAAAGCUCUUUGCCCUUCGCCACUACUACUUCACCAUUGGAUGGAACAUCUUUGACGUGGUCGUGGUCAUUCUCUCAAUUGUUGGCAUGUUCCUCGCAGACAUCAUUGAGAAGUACUUUGUCUCUCCAACCCUCUUCAGGGUGAUCCGACUGGCUCGAAUCGGCAGAAUCCUGCGUCUGAUCAAAGGGGCCAAGGGCAUUCGGACUCUACUGUUUGCCCUGAUGAUGUCCCUUCCUGCUCUGUUCAACAUCGGGUUGUUACUCUUCCUGGUUAUGUUCAUCUUCUCUAUCUUUGGCAUGUCUAACUUUGGCUAUGUCAAGCAUGGGGCAGGAAUCGACGACAUGUACAACUUUGAGACAUUUGGCAACAGCAUGAUCUGCCUGUUUAUGAUCACUACGUCUGCCGGCUGGGACGGUUUGUUGUUACCCAUUCUCAACUACCCCCCAGACUGUGACCCACAACUGGAGAACCCAGGUGCACCGAAUACAGGCGACUGCGGCAACCCCUCGGUUGGGAUUUUCUUCUUCGUCAUGUACAUUAUCGUCUCCUUCCUAAUUGUGGUCAACAUGUACAUUGCCAUUAUCCUUGAGAACUUCGGCGUUGCGACUGAAGAGAGUGCCGACCCGCUCAGCGAAGACGACUUCACGACCUUCUACGAAAUAUGGGAGAAGUUCGACCCAGACGCCUCGCAGUUCAUCACCUAUGGCAAGCUUGGUGACUUUGCAGACUACCUAGAGCACCCGCUCCGUGUUCCAAAGCCCAACACUAUAGAGCUGAUCUCCAUGGACUUGCCCAUGGUGAGCGGGGACCGGAUCCACUGCCUCGACAUUCUGUUUGCAUUCACCAAGCGGGUACUAGGCGAUACCGGAGAGCUGGACAUGCUGAGGGAUCAAAUGGAACAGCGCUUUAUUGCGGCGAACCCGUCCAAAGUGUCUUAUGAGCCCAUUACCACUACUCUGAGGCGCAAGCAGGAGGACGUGUCGGCCAAAAUCAUCCAGCAGGCCUAUCGAAACUACCUGGCUAGACGUGGCUUCAAAUGCAAGCGCAGACCGGCCAAUAACAAUAAUGUAAAGAAUGGUGGGACGAAUCCGGAAAAAGAAAAGAAGGAGGGCACGCCCUCCACUGCCUCUCUUCCCUCCUAUGACAGUGUAACCAAACCUGACAAGGAAAAACAGGAUGAGAAUGAAGGAAAGGCAGGGAGGAAGGAGAAGGGCAGAAACCAAAAAUCCGUCAGGGAAUCUAAGUGUUAGAAUAUUGGAAUAAUAAUAACAAUAAUAAUUAUAAUAAUGUAACUUCAAGCAAAGCGAGAGGAAACCAUCUAACCCACACAGAUGUACAGAUUAUUUCAUUUGCAAGAAAGAAAAAUAAUAAUAUUAAUAAUUUUGUUUAAAGACUUCAUACUAUUGAUGCAGAGUGCAGCAGCUCCGUCUCUUACAGCUUAAAGAGACUUGAACUUGAUUUAAACCAAACAUAAUCAGCGUACUGUGUGACAUUGUUGCAUCUAGACUACUGAUCUUAACUAAAUGGAAUGAAAAACAGACUAAAUAUGAAAGAAAUGGGCAGUUCCCUGACUGGUGGACUACACAUAAGGAACAGAACUUUUCACUAAGAGGAAUGAAUGAGAAACGCCGAUAAGGGAUCUAAUGUGUGGGAUUCCCGCCAGCAAUGGAUUCCCAUGGAAAUACAGAGCUAUGCAGGAAAAACAUGGAAAUACUGCUCGACUUGAAGAAUCACCUUCGAAAAGCAUUCAGAAGGAACUCUGUAUCAUUGAAUUUAGUCAUUCAUGGAGCACAUUUAUGUACAUUAUCAGUCUAUAUGAACAAACAGAAGAACAGCUGAGGAGAGAAAGACAAAACCCCAUAGUAGCCUAAAGUAAGGGUUUUCCAUGUGGGUUGUUAAUGCUGAAUAUAGUAUCUCCACAUCAUUUGAGCGGCAAAAAAAGGUUUAAAAAAACAACAACAAUCAACAAUUUUCCCAUGUCACAUAACUCUUCCUCACCUACUAUCUUUGUUAUACCCACAUCAAAAGGAUUUUACUACAUGGGCUUUCACACCAAUUUGUUAAGGGGCUGUUGAUUAGGGAGUCAUCUUGGGCCAAGGGCUUACAUUUACUCAGUCAUAUUUCCAAACAAAUACAUAAAUAAUUGUGCUUGUUCAAUGCAUAGUAAUGACUUGCAUGAUGGCAUGUUUUGAUCAGAAAUCUUGCAUGAAUAAUCAUAGUCCACAAGACACUAAUACUCAGACCACAACAGUGGCUCGACCAUAGGUUUGAGGUUGUCCACUGUCAAAAAUUCAACGUUAGAAGUAAAUCAUUAGUAUUAUGAUGAGAAACUUUGUGUGGAAUGAAUACCAACAUUGUGGAUUGUAUGAGGAGAAAUACAAAAUGUUAUUGCUGCUAUGGGAUGCAGAAGAGAAGGGAAUGGAUGUUUGUGUGUAUGUAUUAUUGAGUGGAUUUGGUGGAUCGUUUUAAAUCUUAAAAAGCUUAUAUAUAAUUUGAAUGCAGCAAUAUCACAUACCUAAUCGACCAUGCCAUCUGCCUUUGUUCUUGUGUUGGAUGAGGGCAUUGUGGGAGUGUCUAAGUGUGCAGGGAAUUGAUGUAGCAAGGUGGUUUCCAUUUCUGUUUUUUUCUCUAAGGGCAAUUUAGACUGUUCUACAAGGUUUAAGUGUAGAAAGAAUAUUGUAUUUCUGUUUCCAAUAACUGCUGUUUUAUUUCCUUAUCAUGUGCUGAUUCAUUUGUACAUGUUCUUAUGGUUAUCUAGUCUGUAUCAUUUUAACAUGUCUUUUCAGCCAUUUCUUUAAUGUGGUUGAGAGAGUUCAUCUUGUGCUAGGAGAUGAGAGAAAAACAGAAAUUGGUGUAUGUGGAGAAGCCUUGUUGCUCAUCGUCACCCCUUGUCCUUGGAAUGGGAGUGGGUGAACAGUACCCCCUGCUGCCUAUUCUGUUUUUUGCUGUCAUUGUUAGACAGAGAUCCUAGAACUGUACGCAAUGCUUGAAGAGUUCACCCCUUUAUCUCAGGAGAUAUUACAGAUGUAUUAUAAUGAGCUCUGCAACUAAAUGCAAGUUAAUGUGAUGAGAGUAUUUAUGAAACACUUUUUCCUAUGAUUUUGUGUGAUGUUAUGCUACCCUAUUCGACAAUGGUCUCGGCUGGCAAUAGCUAGGGCAACCAGUCUAUCAGGGGCCACUUUAGAGCUUCCUGUAAAAGACAUUUAGAAAUAUAGGGCUAGAAGCAUCUCAUUGAAAAAGCAACAUUUCGCUCGCUUGUAAGGGCAGCGUUUGUAUCAAUAGUAAAUUAUAUUAGUGGUUGUGUAGCUAUGGAUUUAGGUUAGGUCUGAAUAAAAUACAACAAUAAUACUGCUCACCCAAAUAUUAGUCAUAGGUACUUAGGAAACAAUGUGAGGAGAUGUCAUGAAAGGGAAAAUGGAUAUGUUAGUUUGAGCAGAACACUAAAUUCUAUGAGAGGCAAAACAGGUAUGUGAGCACGAGAGAGCAAGCCCCAUAAUUCGAAAUUUGAGAAAAAUGUGCUCCAAAACCUCUCAUCAGCCAUUUUACUCCACUUACCUAGCAAGUAUAUCUCGUAACAAAUACCAAAUAAUGAACAGAGCACUUGAUGCAUUGUAAAGGUACUGUGAGCCGUAACACGUUAAGAAGACACCCAAGCUUUUGCACUUCCUGUUGUGCAGUGAUGUCACUACCUUCCUGUUUAUGAAUAAAUCCCCAAUCCCCUUCUCAAGUUCUAUGGUCUAGUUGCUGCAUGAGAUCUCCAAAAUCAGUGUGGGUGUUAAGUUGAACCAAAUAAAACUCUGAAUGAUAAGCAUAAAAGCAACUGCUGUCCAUUUUUCUCCAUCCCCAUCAAGGAUAUAUACAUGUAUAAAUGUAUAAACAGAAAAAUGUAAAAACCUUAAAUCAAUUUGAAAAACAAAAUGAGAAAAAAUUAUGUACAGUUCAGGCUGUGUUGUAAACGGCACAAAUUGCUGAAGUUAAGAAUGAACUUUUUAAGAGACUAUAAAUAAUGUAAUAUAUCAUUUUAUUUUAUGCGUGCAUGCAUGCGUAGUUUUUUGUAAAUACAGAAAUACUUAAACUACUGCUAUUAAUCUAAUAUGAAUAACCGUAAAUAGAAUGGCUUCCAGCUGACACCCCUUGUCACACUUGUUAGACUCUGACACAUUUGUUAGGUGGAGUAGAUUUUUGGAGUCACUUUUCACAUUAAAAAAGGGAGUAAAUAAAAAAUCUAUAUUAAAAAAGAAAAAAAGAUAUAAAUAAAAAUCAAUACAUAUAUAGAGCUAUACACACACACACACACACACACAGAAUAUAUAAUAUAUAUAUUCUAAUAUAUGUCCUCAACUCUCCCUUCCGCUCCUUGUACUGGGGAGAAUGCAGUGCACCCGACUGUAAUAACUCCCAUUUCUUUUUUUGUGUGCAAUAUGUUCAGUGAAUGACCAAAACUCUGGCCUGCCCAGGAUCACUAUGUACUGGGGAACAGUGUACAAUGGCUGCUUGCUGAGGAUUGUGUAGCCUGCGUUGGUGAGAGGAUUGCACUACCAGCACACCCUUUGUACAUGUCUGAAGAUGUCUUGCCCACAACUUCUCCCACCUCUUCCCGCUGAAUAUAAACACACAAACACAUACAUACUGUACACACACACACUCUCCACCCUGAGACAAGCCGGCGCUGGCCGGUCAUUAUGCCCCGGUAUCCUGAGCCUCAGGUCGCCUUGUGUGACAGCUUUUGACUUGUUUUAGCGCUGACCUUCCUCCAGGUUCCCCCUAAACACACCAGUGCAGUUUGGAUUUAUUGUUAUUUUCUAAACAAUGCAUCUGAUAAUUUCAAGGUUUAUUGCUUUUGUUAUUUCUAUUUGUUUCUUGGUGCAAUAUCUCUUAAUGGCAUGUGCCUUUCAGCUGCCUUUUUAGACUUUACAAUACAUCAGUAAAAAUGAUAUAUCCAAACCCAAUGGUUUAGUGAAUCAAAAUGGAGAGAAAACAUCACCUAGACUAGAUCAACAGAACUAACAUCUUAUAGUAAUCUAUUGCAAGUGCUCUCUCUGUAUUCUGUUCACUGAUCAUUUAGCUGGUGAGAGAGCUUGCCUUCUGUUUUACACUUGGGUUCAAUUCUGGUGUGGAUUUAUGAAAUUAUUUAUGUAGCCUUUAUUUUGUAGCAUGACUGAGACCUGUUAUUUGUUGGGGUUUUUGUGUUGCCAAAAAUAUUUUCUUAAAGCUUUUUGAGUGUCAUUGUUAUCUCUUGCCACUAAUACAGUCAGAGAGAGGACAGUGUUGCACAACCACUUGGGACUAAGUGAGAAUCAGUGAAAGAUUGUCUUCAUUUGAGCACGAAUCAAUUUCCAAACAAUAAAGCAGCCUUCCAGUUA